AUGCCAAUAGAGUCAGGCCUGAAUCACCACGACCUGAACGCAGCGAGCAACAAAACAACGGGGUGGAAACUACAACCGAAGAGUUCCAUUGCCAUGUAUACAAACGACACCCCUGUUUCUCAGAAUAAGCCGCUCAAAUUCCAAAACACAAGCAUCAUUCGCGUUGUAGACGAUAACCAUUUCUGUAAAACUAGAAUGUCCCAAAUUGUCCAAACACCGCCAGUGUUGUACAAACAGACCGCAACUUUGACUCAUCAGACUGACCAACUAGCAAUGUUUCACGUGUUGGCGGGCCACCAACAAUUCGAAUGUACCGAACAGCCCCGUCCAAGACCCACUCGCGUUCGCGUACUCCCUAACAAAAUCAUAGGAGACUUCGUAGCUUUCGAAAAUUUUGUACGAUUAUGCGAAUUCUGGGCGCCUAAUCACACAGUGGGUGUUGAGGAUCCCAAUACGGAACCUUGGGUGACGCGUAGGUUCAACAAUCCCGAAUAUCAAAAGGAAGAAUUGGGUUAG